ACAGAAAAGCUCUCCCAGCAAACAUCUAAGACUUUUCUCCCUCAGAACAUCUUCAUAGAACUCACUUAGCCAAUGCCUAUGUCCUUUAUUUGUCUCUUGUCUAACAAUCUCCUCAUCUUUUCCUCCCUAUAAUACCCUCUUUCUGCUCCACACCUUAUGAAUUAUCUCCAACAAAGCAUUUGGUGAGAUUUUGGGGGAGUCUUUAUUUCCAUGGAAGCCAACCAGCUUGAAGACUCGAAGAGCUCGAGUGAAGAGACUGAUCGAUCAGAGCAAAGCAACGAUAAUAUGGGCACUGGCCGAUCCUACGAGUGUGUGUUUUGCAAGAGAGGGUUCACCACAGCACAAGCCUUGGGGGGGCACAUGAAUAUUCACAGGAAAGAUAGAGCCAAGAGCAGGCCUAGUUCAGUUCCUAUAGUUUCAGGCAAAGCUGAUGAGAAUUUGAAUUACGCAAGCCUUAUGUCCUAUUCCUAUCCGCCAAUCCAAAGCCAGCAGCAUUACUCCAUGGUUCCUGAGGUACAUGUAAGUUAUCAAGCCUUUUUUCCAGCUUCAGGUUGGGGUUUUAGACCACCCCACACACACCACAGCGAUGAAUUGUAUGUAGACAAUUCACGGCAUCUGAAUCCGUUUGGGGAGGAUUGGCCUAGGAGUCUUAACUUGCGAAUCGGUCCAUCCCGUGUAGAGGAUGAAAACAAGAAGACAGAUGGAAGCAGUCAAGAAGAUGAAUUAGACUUGGAGCUUCGAUUAGGUCAUGAUCCAUAGUAUUAUAAUUUAUAUAUAUAUAUAUGGGAUACUCCUAUAUAAUAAUUAAGAACUUAAUUUCUCUAUGUACAGUAGUAGUUGUGGAUUCUUUAUGAAGUACUACUGGGAAAGGAUAUAUUUCUGAUGUGGAAGUAGAAAAGUUAAUAAGAUACUCAUGUUCUUUCGAUUCAUCCACAUCAAUAAAUAUAUUAUUUGUGCCUAUUUUUAUGGCGAUUACAUCUGAGAAGAGACCAAACAAGAAGGAUAUACCAUAAGCAGAAAUUAGAAGAAGAGAGGAAAGGCGGAAAGGAGUUUUUCCACGCCUAACACUUCAAAGAGGGAACGCAAGAUGGAUUCUGUAAGAUGUUCUU